AUGAACAUAUUGGAGGUAGAAGACGGCAGUUUUCACGUCACACGUGAAGGCUACUCCAAUCUGAGUGACUCAGAAUGGGAGCCAGUCGGCCGCAUGAGUGUGCUCAUGGGCGAACCCGCCAUCAGUGGCAUGUUGGAGUCUCUAAGUCGAGACCAACAACAUGCUGCUAUCAACAAGUUCCUACAAGGGGAACUUGCCGUCGAGCGACAGAAGAUAGCCUUGCUACAGCAUCAAGACUCUCAUCAGUCGAUGGGCGGACCGACGCACACGCGUCAACCCGAAACCUUGAAGAUUGAUAUCUCAAGGACAAUGAAAACGAUGAAGAUUCCUUUUUGA